AUGGAACAGACAGAGGCUACUGUCACGGCUUCAACGGUUGAAAAUGCGAACUCUUUGAAGAGGAAGUCUGAUGAUAUUGGUUGGGAAUAUGGAAAGCUCAUCGAUCCAAACAACAAGGAUAGAAUCAUGUGUAACUUUUGCAAGAAUGUAAACACAGGAGGAAUUAACCGUUUCAAGAAACACAUUGCUCAGGUUGGUGGUGGAGUUGCCAAGUGUAAGAGUUGCCCAAAUGAAGUUAAAUUGGCAUGCUUGGCUUGGUUGGAAGGAACAGAAAAGAAGAAGCAUGAUAAGGUUGUUCGUGAGCUAGGUUUGAGAAGUGAUGUUAAUGUCUCUUCCGGUGGACAACAGGAAGAAGACCUCACUUGUGCAGGUAGCUCUGAACCUCACAAGUUAGGUCCUAUAGACAAGUGGGCACGUGCCAUUGAUCCUAGCUUGUCUUCGAGUGCAUCAUUUCAGCAACAAAAGAUAAAUCAAGCACUUUUUAAUGAGAGGACACUUCAAGUGCAUCAAUAUAUUGCAAAAUGGGUGUACACACAUGCUGUUUCAUUCAAUGCCAUUGAGAAUGAUGAGUUCAAGCAAAUGGCAAAGAGAGAGAUAAAGGAGGCGUUUAAGAAUGAAGAGCUUCGUUACAAAGAAGUCAUUGCUAUUGUGGAGAAGAAGAUGAGAGGCAGACUUGAUGCUCCAUUGCAUCUAACGGCAUAUCUUCUCAAUCCUCACUACAGUUAUGCCGACUCCUCAAUAUUUGACAAUGCCGAUAUUACAACAUCAUUGAUCACUUGUGUUGAGCAAUUAUACCAUGGUUGUGAUGAGGAUAUACAUGAUGAGGUGGUGAACAUAGAGUUCACAAAAUUUCAAAGGAAACAAGGACUCUUUGGAAAAAAGAUGGCAAAGAAUUGUGUAAACUUUGACUACAAUGCUGUGGCUUGGUGGAGAAUGUAUGGAAGUGAGACACCUCAUUUGCAAAAGAUGGCUAUAAGGAUUAUGUCAUUGACCUCAAGUUCUUCUGCCUGUGAGCGAAACUGGAGUACUUUUGAGUCGAUUCAUACCAAGAAGAGGAAUGGGCUUACUACUAGUCGCAUGAAUCAACUACUGUACAUCCAGUUUAACUCUAGAUUGAUGUCCAAGCAAAUGAAGAUAAAGGAGAGGAAGAAUGUUGACGUUCUCAUAAGUUCCGAUUCAAUUGAAGCACAAGGCUUUCUAUUUGAGGGAGGAGAUAGUCACACUUUGCAUGUGUUUGGUGAUGAAGAUGAUGAAGGUUUCGAUGGCAUUCCAUGGAAUGUUAUUGAUGAGGCAAGGGGAGCUAGUGAGAAUCUUCAACCUCGCAGGAGUGCCAGAUUAGUGAGAGACCUUGCCGAUGAGGAGUUUGAGUCUGAAGAAGAAGAUGACGAGGAAAGUGAGGCCAUUCAUUUCGAGGAGGAUGAGGAGGAUGUUGUGGUUAACAAGAACUAUAUGGAUGAAGAUGAUGAGUGA